UAUUCCACAGCAAAUAGUCUGUGAUAGUGUGCGUUGAACAUCGAAAUGAGAGUAGUUGAAUAUUUUUCGGGAAAAAAUAUCUUCAUCACUGGAGGAAGUGGGUUUUUGGGGAAGGUUCUCAUCGAAAAAUUGCUGAGGUCAUGUGAAGGCAUCGGGAACAUUUACGUUCUUCUCAGAUCGAAGAAGGGAAAGUCCAUAGAAGAAAGACUGACUUACAUUAAGCGUUUACCUUUAUUUGAUAAACUGAGAGAAACUAAUCCAGAUGUGUUCAAAAAACUUAUACCUAUAAAUGGAGAUGUUAUGGAAUUGAAAUUGGGUAUGUCAGAAAAAGACAGACAACUGAUAAUUGACAAAGUGCACAUAGUCUAUCACACAGCAGCCUCAGUUAAAUUUGACGAUCCUCUCAAAUACGCCAUCAUCGUCAACGUACGAGGCACUAGAGAACUAGUAGAACUAGCCUCAGAACUGAAGAACCUCUCACUGCUGGUUCACGUGUCCACAGCCUACUGCAACUGUGACAAAAUGGUCGUAGACGAAAUCCUCUAUCCUGCCCCGGCUGAUUGGAGAGAUGCCAUCCGCAUGGCAGAAGAAAUGGAUGACGCAUUCAUCAACACUUUUUCUGAAAAGUAUAUAAAUCCUUUGCCCAAUACGUAUACCUUUGCUAAAGCUUUGGGGGAGCACGUCGUUACAGAUAUGUGCAAAGGAAAGUUGCCAGCUGCCAUUGUGAGGCCAACAGUAGUGAUUUCGGCAGUUGCUGAACCCUUACCUGGUUGGAUUGAUAAUUUCAAUGGCCCUGUAGGCUUGUUGGUUGCAGGAGGAAAAGGUAUACUAAGGACAGUCCUGGGGAAUGAAGAUUGUAUACAAGAUUUCAUCCCAGUAGACACCGUAGCUAACGCAUUGAUACUAACAGCAACAGCUAAAAACGCGAAAGGGAACAUAGAUGAGGUUGAUAUUUACCACGCAUCCAAACAAGACAAAACCCCUUUAACUACUGGAGAGAUGAUGAAAAUGGGGACACGGCUCAUCUGGGAUUCACCUUUUUCAGAAAUAUUGUGGUAUCCUAGAUUCAGUAUGACCAAGUGCUGGUACAAUUAUUACAUCCAAGUCAUCCUCUUCCAUAUGUUGCCUGCCUUCUUUAUCGAUACUCUCUUGAGGAUAUUUGGACGAAAACCAAUGUUAUUCUCGAUCCAACGAAAAGUAUACAUAGCCAACGUAGUUCUGGAACAUUUCGUGAAUCACACCUGGACCUUCAUACAUACUAAAGCUGUAGGGCUACUAGACCUGUUGGAGGACGAUGAGAAGGACAUUUUCGGAUUGCAAGAAAAACAUGAGAACAUGGACGAACAAACAUGUUUCGAGUAUUUCCGAAAUGGCAAAAUUUUCGGGGCAUGUUUCAUAUUGAAGGAGAAGUUUGACUUCACCAGGACUGAGUCACUGAAAAAUCUCAAGAGGUUAUGGAUAAUCGACAUAGUUGCCAAAACAAUAUUCCUGAGUAUGCUGAUGUGGAUCGUUUUUAUCAAAAUAGAUAUUCUCAGAGUGUUAUACACAAGUUUCGAAAAAUAUAUUACGAAUCUUUGACAAAUUGUAGAAUGCGUUCAAUAUAUUCAAGUGUUUUUUU